GGUCAUAAUCGCGAAGCGUGACAGGAAUGGUAGUUUCCGGGCUCGCCUGGAUAGCCGCAGAGACCGCCGGAAGCGAAGGGGCGGCAACGACAGGAAGCUCAGUGCACGCCGCCAUGGCCGUGGCUCGGGUCCCACUCUGGGCCAUCUGCAUGCUGCGGGUGACGCUGGCUACCGUUUAUUUCCAAGAAGAAUUUCUAGACGGAGAGCACUGGAGAAACCGAUGGGUGCAGUCCACCAAUGACUCCCGAUUUGGGCAUUUUAGAGUCUCGUCGGGGAAGUUUUAUGGUCAUAAAGAGAAAGAUAAAGGUCUGCAAACCACUCAAAAUGGCCGAUUCUAUGCCAUCUCUGCACGCUUCAAACCAUUCAGCAAUAAAGGGAAAACUCUGGUCAUUCAGUACACAGUAAAACAUGAGCAGAAGAUGGACUGUGGAGGAGGCUACAUUAAAGUCUUUCCUGCAGACAUUGACCAGAAGAACCUGAAUGAAAAAUCACAGUACUAUAUUAUGUUUGGACCCGAUAUCUGUGGAUUUGAUAUCAAGAAAGUUCAUGUUAUUUUACAUUUCAAGAAUCAGUAUCAUGAAAACAAGAAAUCAAUCAGGUGUAAGGUUGAUGGCUUUACACACCUCUACACUCUAAUUUUAAGACCAGAUCUUUCUUAUGAUGUGAAAAUUGACGGCCAGUCGAUUGAAUCCGGCAGCAUAGAGUAUGAUUGGAACUUAACAUCACUCAAGAAGGAAAAGUCCCUGGCAGAAUCGAAGGACCGGAAGCUAACUGAAGACAACAAAGCCCAGGUGUGA